UGCAGACCUACAUACGAGGAGUCGAAAAGCACCUUAAGUGAAGAACUUAGCAAAUUUGUUCCUGUUCCCACGCAUUUGAUGGGAUAUGUAAUUGGCAAGAAAGGCAGCACGAUAAAACAAAUACUAUCUCAGUCAGGAGCAAGGGUAAUAACUCAGGAUCGGUCUAAAGCACAGCUUGGAUUUAUGGUCUACGGUUCUAAAGAAGAAAUAAAACGCGCAGUGGAACUUAUAAAUGAAAAACUGCAGGUAAGAGUUAAUCUACACUCUACCGACCUCUACCGGCGGACUUUCUUUUAGACGGCAGGCCAUUUUCAAGGAAUUUUCUUUAACUCAUUUCUUCAUUUAAUUAUGUACUAUUCAGAACUGCAUUCCUAGAGUCAAUUUGUUGAAAAUAUUUGCUUUUGCUUUAAUUGUUGUUGUUGUUGUUAAUAUUAUUAUUAUUAUUAUUAUUAUUAUUAUUAUUGUUAUUAUAAUUAUUAUUAUUAUUAUUAUUAUUAUUAUUAUUGUUAUUAUUAUUAUUAUUAUUUAGACAAAGAACGACAGACACCAUGCGUCCCCCUGUCAGCUUGUUAAGAUUCCAGGUCAAUUCAAGAAGGUUGUAAAUGGUCCCGGGGGAGAUAACCUUCGAAACGUUAGCACUGUAACUGGAACACAGGUGACGGCGGGAGCAGGUCAUAGGCUGUACGUUAGAGGCCAGGAUAAGAAUGUACAGCAUGCCGAGUUUCUAUUACGAAGCAAAGUGGUGAGUUAUCAUAUAUAUUAAAGACAGUUUUGAGAGGUUACAAUAACCUUUUAAUAGCUCGCGACAAGAAGAUUUUUUUCUUUCAUAUUUUGAUAUUUCUUAAGGUGACACCUUGUGGACUUCUCUGCUAUGUCACUGCGUUCCGCCGCAGAGAAAACGUUUAAGUUCUAAUCAGCAGAAAGGUAACAACACGUGAAAUAGGAAGGACACGACCAGUUGUGUUUAUUGGGGACGAGAAAAAGCUAAACAUACAAGAAAUAAAGUAGUGGCGGAGAAAAACGAAUUACAUCACUGUAAACUACGAGACUAAACGUAUGCGAGCGGUAAAACUGGCUGUGUCGAGUGACUAACGCGAGAGGCGACAAGGCUUAAAUACCAAGAUGUGACGUGAAAUCCCUAGAGGAUCAAACUGCGGCCAUAAAUGCAAAUUCCGAACAUAAACACAUUAUGCCUCGGUGACACUCAACAAAACAAAUCGAUCAUAUGGGUAAUCAGGCAAGCAGAAUGAGGAGACAGAGGAUUGAUUUUUCGCUUGCGUUUAUCCAUUUUUAUUUUAUUUAUUUAUUUUUUUUAAAGAAAAAAUUCAGUUCAGUCAUGUUUGAACUAGCUAGGCCCUGCCCGGAUAUUUUUGAAUCCGCAACUUUUUCUUUCCGGUUUCAAAAAUUUUCACGUCUACACGAAUCCGAAACGUAUCCGGAUUCACUCUAGCACCCAGGACUCCUCUGAGAAUAUUGGCAACAGAGCAUGAGUCGUAAAGACCGGUAGGAGAGAGAACCUCGAAAGGAGGUUGCUAUCUUGAAUACAGUAUUCAUGUUAAAGAACUGGGCUCGUACUUGUUUCGUCACCGGAUAAAAAAAAUAUCCGGAUUUGUCGUCCAUACGAUUCCGGAUUCAUAGGGUAUUCAAAAUUUCAGCUCUGGAGAGCGGAUUCAAAAAGUUGCGAAUUCGUUUGCCGGAUUCACCGGAUACGUGUGGACGGAACCCGAAAACCGAAAGAAAAAGUUGCGGAUUAAAAAAUAUCCGGGUAAGUGUGGACAAGGGUUUAGCGUGCCUCAAAUUUUUUUCCUGUCGCUGAGAAAACCUCUUGUUCUUUUAAAUUAAUAUCUAUAAAAGUCGGGCGUUUCCAGCUAAGAUAAAAGAAUCCGGCGCCCCCCAAAAAGUAAUAAUAAAAAAACAAACAAACGUACAACAACAGCGGCAAAAUCUAAACUCGUCUGUUUUUCACUUUAUACUGAUUUUUUUCGCGGACGACAAAAGGAGCCCACAAUCCUAAUCUCCAGGACCCGGUUGUUCAAAGGCCGAUUAGCGCUUUACCCAGGUUUCUUUUUCUUGUGUUCAAAAGCAUUUUCUCGGAUAAUUGUCUGCGUUAUUUUUAGAGCUUCCAAUCAUCAACUUGUAGACCAAAAGAAUUAAGACUGAACUGCUUUUUAAACUUUCAAAUCUGAAUUCCAAUCUCGCACUAACCCUGGGUUAUCUUAACCCAGCUUUGGGAUUGAACAACUCGGUCCAGGUUGUUAUUUCGCAUGCGUCUCAUGUAUGUAGCCAGCAUUCGUUUAAACUUCCACUAAGAAUGAAUGAAACGCACAAAACGCACUUUGAUCACGCGCGUUUCGACCUUCUACACCUUGUAAACUGAUCACGCGUGUUUUGACCAUCUGUCACGUGAAACUUACGCAAAGCACAGCGUUAGAGGAAAAGCGUUUGGACCCUCGAUCGUUGUUGCCCGCACUCUCUAGCCUUUCGUUAUUACUAGUUUUUACCUUUAAAUCCAUUUGGUUGCGGUUCUCGUUUUCUUUGCUCGGUCUUGUAUGUGUACAUGAAGAAAUUGCUAUUGUAAACAGAUGAAAAUAUGUCAUGAUUUUAAAACUCUUUCCUUCAUGUUCUUUGCCUCUUUGGUUUCCCUGUGGAAUGCUAAGUACUCAGACAAGAGUAUGCGCGUAACGAUAGGCCAAAAUUUUCAAUCUUGACGAGUUUACCCGUUAUCGGCCUCCGCUUAAAAUCUAAAAAGAUUCUUUCUUUUAUUUUAUUUACUUAUCUAUUUUUUUCUCACUUCGUCGAUCUUGAGAUUUUAGGCCUCUUCCAGAGUCCGUGUCAAAUGGAGAUACGUAUUCAUAGAUGAUCGCUACCUUCGACCUGAAGGAUGUGACCUCAAACUUUCACCAGUGGAAGAAAACAUGCGCAUGAUCUUGCCGGGGGCAAAAUCACAGUAUCGAUUGAAACCUGCUUAUGAAUACGAAACACAUUCCAAGGUUUGUACAUCCGUGUGGAUUUCAUACAAGGUGCCUGUACUCGGUCUCUAGACAGCCAUGUCCAAGGAGUCAAGUACUCACCCUCCCCACCCAUGACACUUAUAUAUGACCACUCAAUCACUCCCCGCAAGCUUUGUUAGUAGUGUUAUGAUUAUGAGUCACAGCAUUGAUUUGGCUGGGCUAGCCCACAGGAAAAAUUCUCUGACUUUGCACUGCUUUCUGACUUGAAACUCCAAUCAAAGUGACAAAAUCCCCCCUCCCUACAACCCUAGUUUUGACACAAAACAAGUCAGCCACCCACCCACAGUUAAGUCUGGACCUGGGCUCUCUGGUGACACCAAGGUUUAUUAAACACAAAAUUCUUCCAAAUUUAGUCAUCAGUAGCUGGUUAUGGGGAUCAUGAAUUAUGCGUGUGCUUUUAGCCAAGCAAAAUUGGGGAAGUAUUUUGAAUGAAUAAUAAUUCAAUCUUAUCAGUAUACAAAACUUUCCUGUAGCUUCUAUUUGAGUCCGUUUUGACUAAAUAGUAUUCCUAUAUGAGAUGAGCCGCACUGCGUAGCUGUAGCUAUUCUCGCCAGCCUAACUAUGCUCUUCGCUAUUUUUCCUUUCAAAAGGUCCAAAACACUAAUUUCGGUCACUCUGUGCUCAGAAUACGUAGCAGACUUGAGCAAUUUUAUUUAACAAUCAAUCAGGGCGCGUGAUUGCAUUUCUAAUGGCAUUAAAAAUGGCUAUUUAAGCCACCUUUUAAACAGAAUCUUGAAGUUCAGCAUCACAGUCGUCUUGAUCUACUUGCAGGGAGCGUGUGAGCCAAACCACAAAUCGAGCUACGAUACCAGCUUGGAAGAAAAAGCUUUGUCAUCUCUACGAGAGAUUAAAAAGGAAAUAGAUUCAGGAAACUAUCAUAUGGCAGACAUGUGGUGCCAUUUUGGGCGAGUCAUCAUCCGUGACCCUGAUGAAGGUACGUAAAUUCACUGGCCAGGCCACAGGUGCACAUGCCCCUCUGAUAAAGUGCUCCUGAAGAUAUGCCACGCUAGGGGCGGGGGGGGGGGGGCAGGGGGAGGUUAGAGCCGCCCCCUUCCCGGUUCCUGCCCCCGCCCCCCGUCCCUUUGUCUUCCACCUCUUCCCCUUUUCCGCGUUUUUGUUUUUUUUGUUUUGUUUUUUCCCUUCUCCCCUCCCUCCCCCCCUCUUAUUAGUUGCGAGUCGCGCGCGUGGCGAGGCGGUCGGCGGCUGUGGGGCCGGGCCGCCGAGGCGGCGGCGCGGGCGCUGCAGAACCGGCCCGCGGCCCGGCGGGGGCGCGCGGGCCGCGGGGGGAGGCGGCGGGGGGGGGGGGGGGGGGGGGGGGGGGGGGGGGGGGGGGGCAGGGGGAGGUUAGAGCCUCCCGCUUCCCGUAUCCUGCUCCCGCCUCCCGUACCUUUGUCUUCCACCUCUUGCCCUUUUUCGUGUUGUUGUUGUUGUUGUUUUGUUUUUGCACUUCUCUCCUACCUCUCCUCCUGUUAGAACUCUCGCCUCCCUUCCCUUCCUCUCUCGUCUCCUUUCCCUUCCUCUCUCGUCUCCCUUAUCCAUCCCGUCCCCUAUUCUCUCGGGUUCCCACUCCCCUGUCCCCCUCCACACGCUUUCUGAGCCUGGUAAGCGGUGUUACUGUUUGAAGGUUUAAUUUGAUUCUCACAUUCAGUGAGUCUCACUCUGCUCUUGAUAAAAGUUUCAGUUCAGACGAUAUGAGGAACUUUAAGGGUUUUAAUACAGUUAAAAUUCUGUAAAAGACGAAGGGUCUUUUGAAGAAUAUGUUUUCACUCCGGUCCUCUUCCUAUGAUCUUCGUGGCAACUACAUUCUUUUACUAAAUAAACCUAAAACAACCUACCUAUGGUCUUAACUCCUUUCCUUACUUUUCAGCUAAGCAGUGGAAUGCACUGUCGGAUCGACUUUUUUCGUAGCAGUUUUUUUUGCAGACUUUAAGACCAAAAUACAGGAUGUUACCUUCAUGUAGAUUCUUUUUGCUUGACAUACUUAAACUUAAAAUUGUAAAUUGUAAAUAAUAUUUUCUUUUCUUUUCUUUUAUGUGCUUAUUAUUAUUAAUAUUAUUUUAUCAUUAUUACUAAUUAUAAUGCAUUUAAUGUAUAUAUAAUAUAUAUAUUUUACUAUAUUAUUUUCAUGUAGUGUCAACUCGAAGAUAUUAGCUUGUUAGCUACUCUAAAAUUCGAGUGUAAAUAAAGUUUAUGUUAUGUUAUGUUUUAUCCUGACUCAUCUCCUUUAACUGUUUUCAAGCAAGUGAGAAAUCGUUGGCGGUUGCUAGCAAACACUUGAAACCAACAGCUAAAGCACAUGAGCACGAUACUGACAGUGCCGAUUUAGGAACUAAUUAAACUAACUAUGGUUAAGCGAGGUAGGACGAGCAACUAGUAGGUCAGUCUUUUUAGUGAUAGAUCAACUGAGAGUGGUAAAAAAUGCACUGGCUCUAAAUUGGAGUAAUGCGGCCGUAUUUCAGGGUCAGUAACUCAUAUUUUGAACUACUGACCACAAAGGGGAAAUCUUAUGAUGAUUUGCCGUAUUCGUUUUUGCAGCUGAUGUGGAUGAUAUAUGGAGUAUUGCUGAAGCUGCGAGAAAAUUUCAAUCACCUCAGGGGAGACGAAAUGAGUGGCUAGUUGCAUUCAAAGAAGGUGUAGACAUCAGUGAGAAAGAGAUACAAGACACAUUUGGUCAACAGACUGAACAGGAUUUUAUCGCCAGAUAUGAUUUGUCGUUUUUAACACCACGAAGUCAAGCAAUACGAUGCAAAGUAUGCAUGGAAGCCAACAGUUGUGGUUUCGCUUUGUUUCCAUGCCUGUUUCGUUGGCCUGUGAUGGAAAAUAAAAUGGAAAAAGGGAAGGAAAAACUUUCCUUUAUCGGCACGGCCGUAAAUAUUUUUCAACGCUCUUCAACGAAACCGGCCUAAGCACAGCUGUAAGCACACUUGCUAAUUCAGUUUCUCCAGUUAAUUUCAUUUAUUAAAAGUAAGCCUCAUGUCACAUAAAGGCAAUUUUUGUAGUAAGGUUGUAUUGUAAGGUUCGGGGCUUAGAUUUAGUGAGCGAAAUUUAAGUAAUAUAACCCGAACAUUUACAAGACAGUAGCGUGUUUUAAUUACACCGACAUGAUCAAUCAUGAUUUAGGGGCGGUUGCAUUUUAAGUUCAAGUGCAUUCAUAGACUCGGCCUUUAGGGGAGGACUGUUUCAGCUCAUCUUUGUUCUCAUUUCGUUUAGGUUUGGGUGGCAAACAGGCGGGUUGAAAAGAAGCUUGAUGAAAUACCAAUUCCUUUUAGCGACGUUAGCAAUGUCGUAGAAGAACUGCGCUUCGAGGACGAAUCUACUAGAGCAAGAUGUCGAGGGUGGUUGGUCUUGCUAUCCAAAAAGUUUCUUCAGGCUGACAUAGUAUUUCCUGGGUGUAACAUUGAUUGUAGACUCUUUAUACGUGCAUUAACAGGUGAUCAAGCUAGUUAAUUCUAAGAAUUUAAGGUGCUACCGGUCAAAUUGUAUAAUAACUUUCAGGAGCUGGAAUUUUAUACAUUCCUUAAAUUUACCUCUAUCUGUCUAAGAUAAUGGAUUUGGAAAGGGAAAUAUUUAUAUAAAGUUAAUCACGUGCUUCUUUGUUUCAUUUUUAUGUCUGAUUUAUUUUACAGAUGAUGCUUUUGUCAAGGCAAACGGUGUUCACGAAAAAGAAGCAACAGACCUUUUGUCACAAUAUCUCUCCAAGUUAACCUACACUGAUGCUGAGGGUUUGGUACUUCCGGAUGAGGAGCUACCCCCGGGGUAUCUCUUCAAUCACAAGCGGUGCUCAAAACGAGUCCAGUACAUUCCCAGGUCAGGAUUCUCCAUGAUCGUCUCCAAAGAGAAAACUUGGACUAGCGACAGCAACGAAGAAGAAAAAAGAGAUACUGUAAGUAAAUUUUGUCAUUCGGAAAACAAAACUUUACCUUAAUCAUCUCCGAACAGAUAUUUUACAGAAAACAGUCGUUGUUUGCACCUGACGCCAUCGUAAUAAAUUAGAGACAGGCAGUUCCCUGCGAUCCGUGCUUCCGGUCAUAGGCCAGUUACAUUAACUGAUAAUGCCAGUGGCAAAAGCAAAUGUUAGGCUUAGCAAAUAUACAAGAAAGAUGAAAUAAAGAUAGCGGCACGGACUUGUCGGAAAAGAGUGUUUUCCAAUUUUUCGUAUAGGUUUCGAACCUACCCAUUCUGUGGCCUUUUAAAAUUACGAUUCAGUAAAUAUUCGCGGAGCUGCAUGAACAUUUAUUAACCUAUUUUACCAAUGUUCUAGUCCUAUUACAUUAUAAUAAAUUACAUUGUAGUACGGGGGAUGUUUCUCACAAACUGAGGAACCCAGUCUAUCGAUCUCUAUAUAAUAGCCUUACUUCUAAGACGGAGUCUCAUAGUUCAACAGCUCAGCCUGAUUUGGGCGUCCCGACAAGGUCAAAUGUUUAAUCCCGGUUGAGGAAGCUCGAUUUAGGGAUGACAUCCUAAAUGGUUUGACCUUUUUCUUACUGAUCUAUUCCUUUUUCAGAUCGAUAUCCACUUAGGCUGUGAAGAGUGGGAUCAAGCUCUUAGUGGUCAAGACUGGGAACCCGAAGUGAUCGUAGCCAGACUCCCUGAAUUUCUUAAUUUUGUUCGAGACGUUCAAAACUUUAUUUCCCAUAGUAACUUUACGAAGGAAAACGGGCAGUGA